GCCGCCCGCCGGGAACCGCAGAGAAAGAACUCGGGAGGCGCCUGAGUGACAGACAGACAGACAGGCGCACAGACAGACCUUCAGAAGAUUGCACUGUGGGCCGCCCCUGUCUCCACAGUCGGUGAGGCUUCCCAGCUCUUGUUUACCAGGUGCGCUGGUGGGAGGCAGGACCGGUGGAAAAGGCUUAAGAGGCGACCACAAUGUCUUUCUGUUUGCACCCACUGCCCACCCUACCCGGAGUUGUCAGACCUGGUUGCAGGGAACUGCUGUGUUUGCUGCUGAUCACGCUGACAGUGAACCAGGGCGCCUCCGGCGUGUGCCCCACCGCCUGCAUCUGUGCCACUGACAUCGUGAGCUGCACCAACAAAAACCUCUCCAAGGUGCCUGGCAACCUGUUCAGGCUGAUGAAGAGACUGGAUCUGAGUUAUAACAGAAUUGGGCUUCUGGAUUCUGAGUGGAUCCCAGUGUCGUUUGCAAAGCUGAACACCCUAAUUAUUCGUCAUAACAACAUCACCAGCAUUGCCGCGGGCAGUUUUGCCAGCACGCCUAAUUUGAAGUGUCUUGACUUAUCAUCCAAUAAGCUGAAGAUGGUGAAAAGUGCAGUGUUCCAGGAGCUGAGGGUUCUGGAAGUCCUCCUGCUUUACAACAAUCAUAUUUCCUAUCUUGAUCCUUCAGCAUUUGGAGGGCUGUCCCAGUUGCAAAAACUCUACCUGAGUGGAAAUGUUCUUACACAGUUUCCUAUGGAUUUGUACGUUGGAAGGUUCAAACUGGCAGAACUAAUGUUUCUAGAUGUUUCUUAUAACCGAAUCCUUUCUUUGCCAAUGCACCUUAUAAAUUUGGUGCCAGGAAAACAGCUUAGAGGCAUCUACCUUCAUGGAAAUCCAUUUGUCUGUGACUGUUCCCUUUACUCAUUGCUGAUAUUUUGGUAUCGUAGGCACUUUAGUUCUGUGAUGGAUUUUAAGGAUGAUUACACUUGCCGCCUGUGGACUGACUCCAGGCACUUCCGUCAGGUACCUCUGCUCCAAGAGAGCUUCUUGAAUUGCUCUGACAGUAUCAUCAAUGGCUCCUUCCGUGCACUUGGCUUUAUUCAUGAGGCUCAAGUUGGGGAAAGGUUGAUUGUCCACUGUGACAGCAAGACUGGAAAGGCAAAUACUGAUUUUGUUUGGGUCAGUCCAGAUAACAGAUUGCUGGAGCCAGAUACAGAGAUGGAAAACUUUCAUGUGUUUCACAAUGGAAGUUUGGUUAUAAAAAGGCCCCGUUUGGAGGAUGCUGGAGUGUAUUCCUGUAUUGCCAUGAAUAGGCAACGCCUGUUAAAUGAAACUGUGGAUGUCACAAUAAAUGUGAGCAAUUUCACUGUAAACAGAUCGCAUGCCCACGAGGCAUUCAACACAGCUUUUACCACCCUUGCAGCUUGUGUGGCCAGUAUCAUUUUGGUCCUUUUAUACCUCUAUCUGACGCCGUGUCCCUGCAAGUGUAAAACCAAGAGACAAAAACAUAUACUAAACCAAAGUAAUGCCCAUUCAUCCAUUCUCAGUCCUGGUCCUGCUAGUGAUGGUCUUGCUGAUGAACGGAAGACAGGCACUGGUAAAAGAGUGGUAUUUUUGGAACCCCUGAAGGAAACUGCGGCAGGGCAAAAUGGGAAAGUUAGGCUCUUUCCCAGUGAAACAGUUAUAGCUGAGGGCAUAUUAAAGACCACGAGGGUGAAAUCUGAUUCAGAUUCAGUCAAUUCAGUGUUUUCAGACACACCCUUUGUGGCAUCCACUUAAUUUUGUGCCUGUGAUUGUAUGAUGUAGUAACUCAAUCUUGCCAUAUUUAACUGUGUGCAGUCUGCAAAAUAAACAGCAGGGCAGAAAUUGUGUUUUGUUUUGUGAAAUACAACCAAAUGGUCUCUUUCCACGAUUGACAGGACAAAUGGGCAAAACACUUUGGCUCCUCAAUAUGCCAGAGACUGAAGCUUCCAAAGCUCGAGUUAGAUGACAGUAGCCUAGUCUUUGAGACUGCUGAUCAUUUCAGGGCGGGUCUGAGAUGAGACUAACUGACAUUGCUUUCCCACUCAGGAUUCUUGAAAGAGAGAAUGAAUUCCAUGAGUUAGUGUCCUUGAAAACCAGAUUUUGCUAUCCUACUGGGGCCAAGGUUCUUUUAAAGUAAAGUGUUAGCAUCUUCAUUUUAUCUUUAAAAGAAGUAAGAGUGAUAAAGCAGGAACUAUUGACAAAGCACAAAGUAAAGUUAGAUCUAGGUAUCAUCUAAUUUCAUCAUAUCAGAGUAGUGGGAAUAAAUUACAACACUGAUGCUAUAUCCCAUAUAGUGUCAGAUAAAUAGUGAAAUAAAGGUACAUUUGUUUGACUUGUCUUCUUUCUGUUUUGUACACCCCCUAUCCCAUUCAGAUGAGCUUAUUGAAAAUUUAAAUCAUUAUCUGUUGCUAUGUUUAGUAGGUGUCAAUACCAGAAUGUCUUCUUAAACCUUUGUUCUGACAUACUAAUACUUGUCUGUGUGCUGGUGUGUAUAUAAAUCUUAAAUUAUAUGAAUCAUUACAUAGAUCUACUGUAUUGUGCUUAGGACAUUUACAUUCAUGUAAAUAGAUGUGUUGUGUGGCUUGAUGUUCUGUCCUAGUUGGAUAUGUAAAAACAUAAACCUAAGAUAUUUCAUGUGA